CAGGGUGCAUCUGUGGUCGCGAGAGUCAACGCUCGUGCACGAAUGGUGCUGUCGCGUCCGCUCGUGCUCCCUCACGCGCAGUCAAUGCGUGCUUCGGGAAAUAUAAACAUUUAUGAUCAUUAAUUAAUAGAUCAUUUUAUAACUAUUCAUGUCGGUCGUUUGUAAACGGAUUUGUGCUGUUGUUUGCGUUAGUAAACCGCGCGCAUAUCAGUGUUUAACACGGCUUUGAGAUUCGCCGCGGCCUGACGAUUAAUCGCCUUUGACAUAUAUGUAAUUAUUAAAGUUGAGUUGGUAAUCAUUAAUUAAGUGUGUGACCUUAUGUAAGCAUGGCAGAAGAAGGAGCGGUUGUGAUGCAGCAGAUCGUGGACAGAAUACGUGCUUCAGUGGAAGAUAUUAGAUGAGCGCUCGAUGGGAAGAAAACGCUGGAUUUUCAUGAGGAGUUGUUGGGUGUGUUUUGCCACAGAUGAGGAUGACCGAACGGCAGAAUGGGUGCGUCCGUGCCGUUGCCGGGGUUCUACUAAGUGGGUUCAUCAGUCAUGUCUGCAGCGUUGGGUGGACGAGAAACAGAGAGGCAACAGCACGGCACGCGUCGCCUGUCCGCAGUGCAAUGCAGAGUAUCUCAUCGUGUUCCCCAAACUCGGGCCAGUUGUAUAUGUGUUGGAUCUGGCAGACAGACUGAUCUCAAAGGCCUGCCCGUUUGCUGCUGCUGGUAUCAUGGUAGGAUCCAUUUACUGGACGGCCGUCACAUACGGGGCUGUUACAGUCAUGCAGGUUGUGGGUCAUAAGGAAGGUCUGGAUGUAAUGGAACGGGCGGAUCCUCUCUUCCUGUUGAUCGGCCUGCCCACCAUUCCAGUUAUGCUAAUUUUGGGGAAGAUGAUUCGUUGGGAAGAUUAUGUGCUCCGCCUGUGGAGGAAAUACUCCAAUAAGCUUCAGAUCCUCAACAGUAUCUUCCCAGGUAUUGGCUGUCCAGUGCCGAGGAUCCCGGCGGAGGCCAGUCCACUGGCCGAUCACGUAUCGGCCACACGUAUCCUGUGCGGAGCCCUCGUUUUCCCCACCAUUGCCACCAUCGUGGGUAAACUGAUGUUUAGCAGUGUCAACUCUAAUCUUCAGAGGACUAUUCUGGGUGGCAUUGCGUUUGUGGCUAUUAAAGGGGCAUUCAAGGUUUAUUUCAAGCAGCAGCAGUAUCUACGACAAGCUCAUCGCAAGAUCCUAAAUUUCCCAGAGCUGGAAGAGGCCUGAGCUCAUCAUCACACCUCUGCUCAUCUACAACCACUGCCAUUCAGUUUUAAGAGCCACUAAUGCGCCACAUUCAGACGUUUUCACAGAUGCUGGUUUUUGGUUUUCUCAUCCCUGAGAAUGUGAUGAUUGCGUUUCGAGUGUUAAUUGAGAUUCAGCUAUGUUUUUGUUGAUUUAGUCAGACCUGGGAAGUCGUGUGCUAAUCAUUUUAUUGGCUUUGACAUUUUUUUUAGAAAGAGGCUGAGAAAAAUAAUUAGAAGGUUUUAUAUGAUUUAGUGGCUGUUUUAUAAUGGAUUCAAAAUGUCUCAACUGAAUCACUAUCAUGAACAAUUAGUGAUAUGACUUUGUUUAAAGUAUGUGGAAACAAAAGUCUAAAUGGAGAUGUAUAGUAAAAAAGGACUUAAAAUAUUGAUCUGUUUCUCACCUGCAACCAUCAUAUUGCUUCUGAAGACAUGGAUUUAAACACUCUAUGGAGCAUGGAUUACGUUUAUGCUGCCUUUAUGGUUUUUUUGAGCAUCAACGUUCUGGCCAUCAUUCACUUGUAUUGUAUGGACCAACAGAGCUGAGAUAUUCUUCUAAAAAUCUUAAUUUGUGUCCAGCAGAAGAAACUCUACACAUCUGGGAUCACAUGAGGGUGAGUAAAUGAGAAUUUUCAUUUUUGGGUGAACUAUUCUUUCAAUGAUGACGUUCCGUUCUACAUGAAGCACUCGUGUUAAUAUGUUCCCCUCAUUAACAAUUAGACUCUAUGUACUAUACUCUAAUUUUAAAGGCAAACAUAAAUAAAGAAGGUAUUUGCUUGUAAAUUAUUUGCUUAUAAAAUAGCCUUUCUGUGGUUUUCCUGUAUCAUUUUUCACCCCAAAAUGAUAAGGAAAAAAUUCUUUUAUCAGUACAAGUUAUUCCCAGCACUUAUAACAAUUUUUCUUUCAAUAAAGCUGUAUUGUCAAUAUUUUCUUUUGAUUUUGGGGUGAAAUAUGAGCCGAACAUUUCUUGACAGUUUUUGGAAUAUUCACCUUUUCUCUUGCCUUUACAUUCAAGCAGGCGCCCAACUGUGUUUUGUUUCCAUCCAUCUUUGUAGUGUUAAUGACUGAGUUACAGUUUUAUCAUUGAGAAACAAUUUGGUUUAGACAGUUAGUAUGCCAAUGUAUUGUGUUCUGUGAUAUGUUUUAAUUGCUUUUCACAAUUGGGGCCCCUUUAGAUCACUUUAAAAUUAAAACAUUUUGGCACGUGAUGCCUCAAAACGGUUUAUAGCCCUGUUUUAUAAUGUAUAUUCCCAGACAUAAAUGGUCUCAUGUGGAAUGAGCUGUUCAAGUAUUAGUGGCCUUUGUAGUUACACCAGGACAAUAUAUAUGUCUUAAUAAAGGCUGUGUAGUCCAGAUGGACAGUUGUAUUUGCCAAAUGUAUCUAUUUUUGUUUUUCUGAAUCUUUCUUUUUGACGACUUCUGAUUUAUCUAGCGGAGCAUAUUUCACCUGUUACUGUGAUGUAUCUGACAUAUGUACAUGAGAGAAAACAAUAUAUAAAAACAUACUAGGACCAUUUGUUUAAAGGCAUACAUAGCAGCAGUACACUACAGUUUAAGUUUGUGAUCCAAUGUGUGGGCUGAAUUGCUGUAUUUGAAAAACCUUGUGUAAUUGACUCUCAGGCUUAUAAACCGAAUUAUAUAUCGGAGUACAUUUAUUUGUCCAUAGAGUUUAAGCACAUCAUUAAAGCUUGUUGUUAGGUAUAACAUUGAAAGGACAUGCUUACAGGAGACUUACUUGCUGGAAAAAGCUGUUUUUCCACAUUAACUGUAUAAAUGAUAUUGGCAGCAGACAAGUGUUCUUAGUUGCUUAAAUGUAAUUUUAAAUUAUUUUUUCUCCAUGUUUAUAGUUCAAAAUGAUCUCCAUAAGGUCCUUUGAGUUUCUCACACUGGUCUCCUGUUGUACAAAUGAAACAUGAUGCCAAAUACAGAAAGUGUAUGUUGUAUAAAUCGUCGUGUUGUACAGACACAGCUUCUGAAGUGAUAGUUUACUGGUUGAUUUAUGUAAAUAAAUUUAUUUUUCCAAUG